AUGGGUAAGGAAAAGGUUCACAUCAACAUUGUGGUUAUUGGCCAUGUCGACUCUGGGAAGUCAACCACAACCGGUCACUUGAUCUACAAGCUUGGUGGCAUUGACAAGCGUGUGAUUGAGAGGUUUGAGAAGGAGGCUGCUGAGAUGAACAAGAGGUCAUUCAAGUAUGCCUGGGUGCUCGACAAGCUCAAGGCCGAGCGUGAGCGUGGCAUCACUAUUGAUAUUGCUCUCUGGAAAUUCGAGACCACCAAGUACUAUUGCACUGUCAUUGAUGCCCCUGGACACCGUGACUUUAUCAAGAACAUGAUUACUGGUACCUCUCAGGCUGACUGUGCCGUUCUCAUCAUCGAUUCCACAACUGGUGGUUUUGAAGCUGGUAUCUCCAAGGAUGGUCAGACACGUGAGCAUGCUUUGCUUGCUUUCACUCUUGGAGUCAAGCAAAUGAUUUGCUGUUGCAACAAGAUGGAUGCAACCACACCCAAAUACUCCAAGGCUAGGUAUGACGAAAUUGUCAAGGAAGUGUCUUCUUAUCUUAAAAAGGUUGGGUACAACCCCGACAAAAUCCCUUUCGUGCCCAUUUCUGGAUUUGAAGGUGACAACAUGAUUGAGAGAUCCACCAACCUGGACUGGUACAAGGGUCCGACCCUCUUGGAGGCUCUUGACUUGAUUAAUGAGCCCAAGAGGCCAUCAGACAAGCCUCUCCGUCUUCCCCUUCAGGAUGUCACAAGAUUGGUGGAAUUGGACCUGUCCCAGUUGGUCGUGUAG